CACAGCAUACCUGAACUCUCACCUGGACACAGACUGACCUCACCUGUAGACGGCCCUCAUCUGACCUCUCACCUGUAGAGACCUCACCUGGGCACAAACCUCACCUGAGCCAUGCUUCAGUUUUUGCUCCUGUUCAUUGUAGUCACCGGCAUCUACGUGCUCUUGAACAAAACACUGUUCAAACGUUCGCGUUGCCGUGGAAACAUGCCCAUGGCCAAGAAAACUGUGGUCAUCACCGGAGGAAACAGCGGAAUUGGCAAAGCCACAGCUCUGAACUUGGCCCGAAGAGGAGCGCGGAUCAUUAUGGGCUGUCGGAACCAGCGCACGGCGGAGGCGGCCAUUUUGGAGAUCCAACAGGAAACUGGAAACUCGGACCUGGUUUACAGACACCUGGACUUAGCCAGUCUCAAGUCAGUCAGAAACUUUGCUGAGAACCUCCUGAAGACUGAACCCCAUAUUGACAUCCUCAUCAACAAUGCAGGUCUGGUUGGAGACGGCCGCACAGAGGAAGGCUUCGGGCUUCAGUUUGGGGUGAAUCAUCUGGGCCACUUCCUCCUGACGAACCUCCUCCUGGACAAACUCAAACAGAGCUCCAACGCUCGAGUCAUCACUGUGUCCUCCAUGGCCCACCGCUGGGGUGGCAUUGACUUCCAGACCUUACAGCAGAACCGAGACCUUGGUACUGGCUCGUAUUCGUGGCAGUUUUUCAAAGCGUACUGCAACAGUAAACUGUGUAACGUUCUCUUCACACGAGAACUCAGCCGCCGCCUCCAGGGAACCUCAGUGUCCUCCUUCUGUCUGCACCCAGGCGUCAUCCGUACAGAGCUGGCGCGUAACAUCUCGCUAUGGCAGAAGAUUUUAGUGGAGCCAGUGUCAUGGUUGUUCUUCCUGAGUCCAGAAGAGGGCGCUCAGACCACGCUGCACUGCGCUCUUCAAGAGGGGCUGGAGAGGCUGAGCGGAUCCUACUUCUGUUGCUGCGAGGAGCAAGACCCUGCCCCCGUGGCCAAAGACGCCCACGCCGCACGCAGGCUGUGGGAGGAGAGCGAGAGGUUCUGUGGGCUCCAGUAAGAUCUGAUUUAGAUCGGGUUUAGAUCGGGUUUAGAACAUGUUUAGACUGGUUAAGACUGUGUUUAGACCAGGUUUAGAUUGGAUUUAGACUAGGUUUAGACCUAGAUUACACAUUGUUUAUUCCUGGGUUAUGCUUGGGUUGGACUUUGUUUAGACCCGAUGGGUUUAAACCUGGUUUUGUCCUGGUUUAGACCGUGCUUUGUCUUUUGAACUAGAAAAUGAAUUUGUGGUUCCUCAUAACGUAUUAAAAUUAGGCUUUUGUACUGGUUUAGUUCCUGCUUGGGUCUAAGGCUGCGUUCACACUGGCUUGGUCCUAGUUUGAGGCCAGUUCAGUCCUGGUUAAGACCUGGUUUAGACCUGGUGUAGUCCAGGUUUAGUUCCGGGUUUGGUUCCAGUGUGCAGGACCAUGGAGUACCUAACUCGGUCCUGGAGUCUCACAGCAGUGCUCAUUUUGAAACUUUUGUUUGAAGUUAUAUUUUUGUGUUAAAUCCAUGUGAUGUUUUUGGUUUAAAGUUGUAAUAUCUUUUUAGAAACAUGUUUAUUUUGAAAGGAGUUUUUGAGAAUAAUGUGUUUUAUUUUGAAAGGAUUAGUUCUCUCUGAACAUUUCUGACACAUUCACUGGAUCUCUAUCACUGCCAAGUGUUUUGUAUUUUAUUUAAAAAGACAAUAUGAAUAAAUAAGUACAUUUUCUAAAUCUUGGUUUUCUUUUGAUGUUUCCAUCACUGGUCAGAGAAGGAAAAAUCACACCUGCCUCACCACAAGAUCUGGGUUUCAUGUCCUGGGUUUCGUGCUCUGGGUUCUGUGUUCUGGGUGUGGUGUUAUAGGUUUUGUGUUCCGGAUUCUGGUUUUCGUGUUCUGGGUGUCGUGUUCUGAGUUUCAUAUUGUGGGUUUCAUAUUGUUGGGUUCUGGGUUUCAUGUUUUGGGUCCUGGUUUCCUGGUAAAUGAAAAUAUAUGACUGUCUUAAAAUGUCAGUGUAUCAAGAGAUACACAGUUACACAGUCUUCUAUGCAAAUGCAUUAUUUAUAACUUGAAUAAGUAAUAAAUACAGAAAUUGUUAAUU